AUGUCGGUUAAAAGCUCGUACACGCUUUGGUCUCCUGCCGACACAGUGAAAGAUGCUGCUGAGGCACUGGGCAUUGCGAAUUUGCCUGAUGAGGUUGCCAAGACGCUGGCAAUGGACAUUGAAUACCGCAUCCAUGAGGUUGUUGAGCAGGCCCUCAAGUUCAUGAUCCACAGCAAACGUACAACGGUCACUGCCAAAGAUAUCUCGGCGGCAUUACGGGUGCUUAAUAUUGAGCCGCUCUAUGGUUACGAAACUGGUCGUCCGGUAUCUUAUAAGGAGGUUCCGGUUGCCGCUGGCCAGACGUUGUAUUAUUUAGACAACGAUGAAGAGGUAGACUUUGACCGCCUCAUUAACGAACCCAUUCCGAAAGUGCCGCGUGAACCCAGCUUCACUGCCCACUGGCUGGCUAUCGAAGGUGUUCAACCAUCUGUUCCUCAGAACCCUCACAGUGGUGAAAUCAAGGCAUUGCCCCCGCAAGUCCGUGGUUCGCAGACAGUACAUUCCACCACUGCUCUUACACAUGAAGUUGAUGUACGUCCUCUUGUUAAACACAUGAUCUCCAAAGAGCUGCAGCUAUAUUUCGACCGGGUUGUCCGUGCUUUGGAAGAUGAGGACACCAAGGGCACUGCGUUGUAUUCACUCCGUUACGAUCCCGGUCUGCAUCAGCUGACUCCUUACUUUGUUCAAUUUGUCCAGGAGAAGAUCUCUAUCAAUCUCAAAUCCAGCUUACCUCUUCUUCGCACGAUGCUUGAUGUCGUGGAUGCUUUGCUCACUAACCCCGCUAUCUUUGUCGAGCCCUAUGUUCACCAAAUCGUUCCGUCUGUGCUCACAAUUCUUGUUGCUAAACACGUCGGACCUGAAGACAACGAAGAGUCGUUUGAGGUGCGUGCGUAUGCUGCCUCUUUGCUUCGCAGUAUCUCACAAAAAUUCAGCCAGGUUUAUUACACUUUGCGUCCACGCUUAACCAGAACACUUUUGAAGGGUUUCUUGGAUGUCUCCAGGCCUAUGUCGUCGCAUUAUGGUAUUGUUGUAGCGUUGUCUGCCUUGGGCGCCGAAGUCGUGAGGGUAGUCAUUCUGGGAAACAUCAGACCUUGGUACGAAUCUGUGUUCAACAACGAACAAGCAUCUCAAAGUGAUCUGGCCACAAAACGGCUACAAGAAGCUCUCGUCGGUGCGUUCAAGUUAUUGGAAACCUCACCCGUGGCCGACAAGGACAAAAUGAUUGAGCAACUCGGCGAGCCAGUGACUGAGUUAUUGCUUGAAAACAACUUAGGGAAUAUAUUGGAUUAG